AUGCGCGUGUUCUUGCAGGGCUCCAAGCGCAUCAAGAACAUCAUAUUUUUCGAUGUAAAGGUGGCCUGGAUCCACAUCGAUCGGCAGAUGAUCCUCACCAUCCACCGGCACGUGAUCGCGCGCAUCAACCGGCUGAGCGUGUCGCACGACAACCAGAAGACGUGGCGGCUGCACGUCAACCAGGUGCAGCAGGAGGACCGCGGGUACUACAUGUGCCAGGUCAACACCAACCCCAUGAUCAACCAAGUCGGCUACCUGCAGGUCGUGGUGCCCCCCAACAUCAUGGACGACACGAGCACGCCGUCGGCCGUCGCGGUGCGCGAGAACCAGGACAUCUCGCUCACCUGCCGGGCCGAGGGCUUCCCGGAGCCCAGGAUCCGGUGGAAGCGUGAGGACCAGCAGCCCAUCAUCCUCAGCAGAAACAACAAGAGUGAGUCCCGACAUUAAAUUAUAUGAAUUGUG